GCUGAGAGGAGAGGGGAGGCGCAAGAGGGGAGGAGAGAGGCGUGCGGGGUCCGCCAGCACAUCUGGCCGCCGGCACUGCGGCCCCAAACCCGGACAGUCUCUGACCCCGACCCCCGGCCAGCCGACAACCCCUUCCUUCAUGUCCACGCCGGGAGACAGCGGCGACAGUGUGACCUGCUGCGAUCCAGUCCCACAGUCACGGUGAACAGCGCGUCUCCAGUGAUGAGCGGUGCAGUGCUCCCUGAGCCUCUGGAGGUCGGUUACAGCUCUUCGCCGGUGUCUGAUGCACUACAUGUGGGAGACGAUGGCUUCAGCAUGCAAAUAAUCACGUGGAACGUUGGCACUGCUGUUCCACCCGACGACGUGACUUCACUUUUGGGGUUAAAUUCGACAAAUGGACGAAUUGACAUGUAUGUCAUUGGUUUGCAGGAAGUGAACUCUAUGAUUAAUAAAAGACUGAAGGAUGCCAUCUUCACCGACCAGUGGAGUGAGCUCUUUAUGGACACUCUUAGUCCCUUUGGUUACGUGUUGGUAACCUCUGAGAGGAUGCAAGGACAGUUACUCUUGGUGUUUGUCAAAUACUAUCUGCUGCCCAGCCUGCAAGAUAUCCAGACCAACUGCACCAGGACCGGACUUGGUGGAUACUGGGGGAACAAGGGAGGGGUGAGCGCCAGGCUGUCUCUGUGCGGCCACAUGAUCUGUUUCCUCAACUGCCACCUGCCCGCUCACAUGGAGAAUGCUGAGCAGCGCAUGGACGACUUUGAGAGCAUCCUCCAGCUGCAGCAGUUCAACGGCCCCCUCGCCAGCGGCGUCCUCGACCACGACGUUGUCUUUUGGUUUGGCGACCUGAACUUUCGUAUCGAGCAGUACGACAUUCGCUUCGUGAAAAAUGCCAUUGACAAGAACAAGUUGGAUGUGCUAUGGGAGAAAGAUCAGUUGAACAUCGCCAAGGUGAUUGAGCCUGCACUGAAUGGAUUUCAGGAAGGUCCCCUCAGCUUCAGGCCAACGUACAAGUACGACGUGGGCACAAACACAUUUGACACCAGUUCUAAGAAACGCAAACCUGCCUGGACAGAUCGGAUUCUCUGGAGGGUGAAGAUGUCCGACUGCUACGACCUAUUGCAGAACUCCACGUUGUUGUCAAGGGGCAAGUCGCCAGUCGGCAACAGCAACCACAUUGAGGUGUUGCAGCACGCCUACCACAGUCACAUGGAGUACCUCAUCAGCGACCACAAACCUGUCUCUGCCAUCUUCUGCUUGAAGUUUUCCCAGAAGCUACAGACUCCGUUGAUUCAGCUGCAGGUGGAGGACGAGUGGAACAAGCCGUCGGAUGCUGUGGUCCGCUACAGAAUGGCAAACUCAUUUGCCAAGAGUUCGUGGGACUGGCUCGGCUUGUACAGGGUCGGCUUUAAACAUCACAAGGACUACAUAACGUACGUCUGGGCAAAGCACGAGGAUGCUGAUGCAGACAAGCAAUGUUAUCAGGUCAUGUUCAGUGAGGAUUCCAUGCCCAAAGGCACCGGCGAGUAUAUCCUGUGUUACUACAGCAACAAUUCCAACACCAUUGUGGGAGUUACCGAGCCAUUCCAGAUCAUUCUCCCCUCAUCCAGCUCAGACUCCAGCAAGUCGGACAGCGAUUCCAGCUCCGACGCGGAGGAGAUGAGCACCCUGAAGCUGAUCCGGCCUAAAUCCAGGAGCCCGAGCCCGGGCAAAAUGAAGAAGAGGAGGAGCAGGAGUCGGAGUAAGAGUCCGGUCAUCCCCAUCGCCAAGUCGCUGCAAGGCCUCAACCUCCGGGUGGGCUCCAAGCACAAGAGCAAAAGCCGCAGCCCAUCACCAAGGGGGGGCCCGUCGCCGAAAGCCAGGCCCCUCAAAGAGCCGGGAGCCAGAGCCACGGUGGGAGAUAGCCUGAGCCCCGAUGGUGACCUGCAUGAAGUAUCCUCACCUUCAGCCUCAGCUGGUCCAAGGCAUUCGGCAGCUCAGGGGAAAGGCCAGGGCUCAGUUGCCAACGCUGCCUCUGCCACUUGCACGGUGAGGCCUGGUAGCCAGGCUUUACAGCCACACGACGGCAGUGGUGUCCAGCAUCCCCGCCUGUCUCCAAAACUCUCCCGCUCACCUCUCCGGGACGGGCCUGCCUUGCCGAAGCUGGACGAAGCAGGUCCGUUCCCCAGUAGCAAGAACCAUCCCUCCAGGUCUCCGAGUCCCAAGGUCUGGGUGACCAGCGCUCAAGCCGGGACUGCGGCCGGAGAAGGCCAGAACACAGCAACGACCACAGAGAGAACCAUGGGCACGAAGACCACCAGAGGUGACGGUGAAAGCACCACAAGCCUGGAGCUGGAGCUGAAACCUGUCCCACACCCAUCACCAAAAACAACACGGAAGUGAGAAAAAACGCCUCGUUCCACUGUGAAUGCUCAUCUAAGCACAGACUAUAAUUGUUACUCAUAGCUGAAAAGAAUGUGUAGAACAAUCAACCUUGUUUUUAAUGUGGAGUUGAACUCCGAUCUGAGCCUUUGGUAAUAUUGUGUGGAUGCAAUCAUUUAGUUACCAAAUCCAUCAUGGGAAAUAGCAUCGUGAGGUGUAAUAGGAACUGCAAACCAGCUCCCUAUUCUCAUUUCCUUCUCACCCGUUUGCCAAUUCCUGCUGAAUGUGUAUUUUCCCGGGAUCGCUGCAAUCGAGGAGACGGGAACUUUUCCCUCUGGGUCUGGAACCCCUGGUAGUAUGGAGACACAAGGAACUGCAGAUGCUGGAAUCUUGCACAGAACACAAAGUGCUGGAGUAACUCAGCGGGUCAGGCAGCAGCAGCAGCAUCUCUGGAAGACACGGACAGGCCAUGUUUCAAGUCGUCACAACUCUUCAGACUGAAGGAGGAUUCCGACCCGAAACGUCACCCAUCCGUAUCCUCCAGUUUAGUUUAUUGUCACGUGUACCAAGGUACAGUGAAAAGCUUUUGUUGUGUGUUAACCAGUCAGCGGAAAGACUAUACACGAUUUCAAUCAAGCCAUCCACAGUGUACUGAUACAUGAUACAGGGAAUCAAAGAGCCGUAGCAAUAUUAAAC